UCUCUCUCUCUCUCUCUCUCUCUCUCUCUCUCUCUCUCUCUCACACACACACACCUCAGUCCUCACCCGCCGUUCCUCAAGUUCACCGAGUGAUUGAGUGAGUGAGUGAAAGACAGGGUUCGAGAUCACGUGCCCUGCCACGGGAAUGGCGUUAUCGACGAUAAGGUGCCAGACCGGCUUUUCGUCGGGCAAGUCUCCGAUGCGGCAACGACGGCGCCGAUAGAAACCGGGGGCUAUUACUGCAUGCAGCAGGGGGGAGGGGAAGGAGGAUUGCUGAUUAUCGAUUGUCGGUUCCCCAUCGGCGGCGAUGCGAAAGUCGGAGGAAGAGAUACAGAUAACGAACGCAGCACGGAAGCGGAGAGGCCUUUUUAAAACAAAGGGCCAAAAUUCACGAUUGAGCUUCGGUGCUUCAAACUCUCCUUCCGUUGAACGCUCUGCAGGCCCUCGACGAUUGGUCCUUGGCACUUCACUUAAGCUUUACUCCUCACUCCCCGUCCACGGCCCCUCUCUCCCGUCGUCAUGACCGGCUCCGCUGACGGCCUCCCCGUUGCCACGGAGACUUCGCCGCUGCUGCGCAACUCCGGCUCGGAGACCGCCAACGGCACCACCGUCGAGGUCGAGAAUGGCCACGCCAACGGCGCCCCGGCCGCGGCCGACGACGCCAACGAUAACCGGGACGGCAACCCGGAGAUGGCCAAGAAGAUGCACAUCCUCCUCCCGGCCGUCAGCAUCGGCAUCUACCUCUGUGCCGUCGACCAGCUGCUCACCGUCGCAACCUACGCCAAGAUCGGCAGCGAGCUGCACGCCCUUAACAACACGAGCUGGCUCGCAACGGCCUACUACAUCACCCUGACCAGCUUCCAGCCGCUCUACGGCAAGCUGAGCGACAUCUUCGGCCGCAAGGAGUGCCUCCUCUUCGCCUACGUCGUCUUUGCCCUCGGCUCCCUGGGCUGCGGCCUCGCCGGCUCCUUUCCCCAACUCUGCGUCGCCCGCGCCGUCGCCGGCAUCGGCGGCGGCGGCAUGAACAGCGUCGUCGCCAUCCUCCUCAGCGACAUCGUGCCCCUGCGCGAGCGCGGCGUCUGGCAGGGCUACCUCAACAUUAUCUUCGCCGCCGGCACCUCCACCGGCGCCCCGCUCGGCGGCCUGCUCGCCGACUCGGUCGGCUGGCGCUGGUCCUUCGCCGGCCAGGUCCCGCUGUGCGUGCUCGCCUUCGUCACCGUCUACUUCGUCCUCGACCUGCCGCCCCCCGACCACGCCCACUGGCGCGAAAAGGUCCGCCGCGUCGACUUCCUCGGCGCCGCCACCCUCGUCGCCGCCGUCGUCGCCCUGCUCGUCGGCCUCGACUCGGGCUCCAACCACGGCUGGUCCGCCCCCGUCACCCUCGCCGCCCUCGCCGCGACCCCGAUCCUCUUCGCCGCCUUCGUCUUCGUCGAGAUGCGCGUCGCCUCCCACCCCUUCGCCCCCGGCCACGUCAUCUUCGACCGCUCGCUCUUCGCCUGCUACCUCGCCAACUUCUUCGGCAUCGCCGCCCACAUCGCCUCCAUCUUCUUCCUGCCCCUCUUCUUCCAGGCCGUCCAGGGCGCCUCGGCCACCGUCGCCGGCGCCGCUCUCGUCCCGGCCAUGGUCGCCUCUGUCACCGCGAGCGUCUCCGCCGGCGUCUUCAUGAAGCGCACCGGCCGCUAUUACACGCUGACCGUGCUGGCGUACGGCUUCAUGGUGCUCGCCGUCGCCCCGACGGUGGUCUUCCUGCGCCUGCGGUCCUCGGCCGGCGUCGUCGCCGGCAUGGCGCUGCUCGCGCUCGGCGGCGGCGCCGGCAUCACGACUACGCUUGUCGCGCUGCUGUCCAACGCCGCGGUGCAGGAUUCGGCCGUCGUCGUCGCCUGCUCGUACCUGUUCCGCUCGCUGGGGUCCAGCAUCGGCAUCAGCGUGUGCUCGGCCGUGCUGCAGCAGGUGCUUCGCACCCAGCUGGCCGCGCGUCUGAGCGACGGCGACGAGGCGCGCCGCGUCGAGGAGAGGGUCCGCGAGAGCCUCGACUACAUCCGCGAGCUGCCGCCCGCCAUGGCUGCCGAGGUCCGGGCCAGCUACCAGAUCGCGACGCUGGGCGCCAUGGUCCCCGUGGCGGUGCUGCUGGUGCUCGCUUUCGUCUCGACGUUCUUUAUCCGCGAGAAGGCCUUGGGCAAGUAGGCCAUGAGGGUGUGCCGUUAGGGAGGGGCAUCACUCGGUGUCUGUCAUUGAGAGCGUGUAGACUUCCGCGUGGGAGAUGGGUGAUUGGAUGUACACACAUAUGGUAACAACCGUGUUGCCAAUAAAAGGGAGGAAGGAGUAGAUCAGCUGCAGUCGGUUGUGAGAAGGGCAUAUCAAGGGCACAUCAAAAGUUUGACAGAGUGGCGUGAGAGAACCAUUCAUAGAGUUGUUGUCGCUAAUGCCGGUAUGCCCUAUGUCCAAUACCCUGUAUCGUUCACCAUAAAUGUGUUAUUCGUCUCACCUGUGCGACUUCAAGCCAGGCAGACAAACUAGUCUGCCAUUUGUAUAUACAUUUACCUGCGCCGCCUCCGGUGCAUCUUGUAUGAAGCCUGCUUGGGUGGCAGACUCUUUUCUUUUGGGCCAAUCGACGACGCCGCAGGCGGCGCAGGAACACACGUCGCAACGUCAUUGGCUUCUCUUUCCCUUGCGUGAGAUAGAGCACACAGCCUCGGAC